CUACGACUGGAUUGAAGGGUGCGCCGGCGCUGUUGCCGCGCUCGCUCUUUCGCCAGACCACCAUCAUGGCAUACAACCAGUAUGGCAUGAUGCCACCGGCGCAAAUCCUGCAUCCGGCCAUCGUCAAGAAGGCGCGCCGAAUGGUGGCCGAAUACUGCGGUGUGCCCUUGCCGGAUGAGCCAGAGGAUCCGGCCCCAGCUGCCAAUGCUUCGAACGAGGGUGGUGCAGGCGGCGAUGAUGGCUCCAAGAAGCGCCGCUCGCGCUGGGGCAACGACAGUGAACGCUUGUUGACCCCGAGGACCGUGAUCCCGCCCAACCUGAGCAAGGAUGAGCAGGAGAUGUACUUGGCACAGCUGCGCGUGGACGAGCUGAGUGCGCACAUCCGCGUCGGUUACGUGCCCGAGAAGCGCUCGCCGUCGCCAGAACCCGUGUACAACCAGCGCGGUCAGCGCCUCAACACCCGAGACGUGCGCUAUCGCCAAAAGUAUGAGAAGGAACGCCACGAGCUCGUGCAGAAACUCGUGUCCUCCAACCCCAACUACAAGCCCCCGGCAGACUAUCGCCCGCCGGACACGCGCUGCGAGGACCGCAUUCCCAUUCCACAGGACGAGUAUCCCGAUGUCAACUUUAUGGGCCAAAUCAUUGGCCCUCGUGGCAAGACGCUGCAGCAGAUGGAGCGCGAGUCGGGCGCCAAGAUUAUGAUCCGUGGGCGCAACUCGGUCAAAGAGGGCAAAGCCAAUCGCGGUGCCACCGGAUCGGAGGAGGAUGAUCCCCUCUUUGCUUUGAUCACGGCGCACUCGCACGAGAGCCUCCGAAUUGCCGUCAAUCGCGUCAAGCAGGCCAUCCAAGUCGCCAUUGAAACACCCGAUGAUAGCAACGAGCUCAAAUCAAAGCAGCUCCGCGAGCUAGCGGUUCUCAACGGCACGGCCCGUGCAGAGGAUGCCGUUUUGCGUUGUCGUAACUGUGGCUCAACUGAGCAUCGCACCUGGCAGUGUGCCGAGAAGAAGAACUUUGUCAACGAGCAACGUUGUACCAUUUGUGGUGGUGUUGGUCACUUGGCCCGCGAUUGUCAACACAACAAACUGGCUGGUGGCGCGCAGCCGCAACAAGACAAGGCACAGCUCGACACUGAGUUUAGCGCUUUCAUGGCCGAACUUGGUGAGGGCUCGGCUGCACAAGCUCCCGCAGCACCCAAGCCCGCUGGUGCUACUCCCAGCAAUGAUCGUGCACCGGCACCACCCUCUGGAUCGGGAUCGGGUGGUCCGCCACCCCGCCGAUAUUCUCAGUCCCACGCCGCACCACCGCCACCCAGCCAUGGAGGCUAUGGCUAUGGCUAUGGCAAUGGUGGCUACAACCAGGGCUAUUACCAGCAGCCACAACAAGGCUAUGGUGGCUACCCAGCACAGGGCUACGGUGGCUACGGUUACAGCGCGCCACAGGGCUACGGUUACGGCUACCCACCACAAGGUGGUGCCCCGCCCCCGCCCCCGCCGCCCGGAGGCCCUGAUCAACAAGCGCCACCCCCGCCGCCCCCGCCGCCCGCAACCUCGUGAGCGCUACCUCAUCGGGUUGGCUUCUGGGAAUACGCAAGUCAAGAGGUCGGACAGCCACGAUGGUGCGACCCCGAAUGACCCUUGAUUCCUCUGAUGUUUGCGUGUAAGUUUUUGGUUUUCUUCUUGAGGGCGUGUGUUUGGGCCCGCGGGAAAAUGAAUAAAAUCGAUUGGCUCUCAGAGCUUGGAAC